AGUAUGAUAUAGUUUUAUAUGCAGAAAAAAGAAAACGAUGAUGAUGAUGAACACUUUAUAAUCAAAAUUGGAAUGAAGUAGUUCAAAUUCAAAUCAAUAUUACAAAAUCAAAAUCAAAGUCUGAAGAAUGUUCAAACUUAGCUCUCUUUUGUUCAAAUCAAAAUCAAAAUCCAAAAAUGCUCUCACAAUUAUUCGCACUUUCAACAACCUUCAACCUUGCAAUGCGUCCACACAUGCAAAUUCUAGAGUUCCGAUCUCUCGUAAUUUUUGCACCGCACCGGAAAGAGACUCAAUCGAAUACGACGUCGUUAUCGUCGGAGCUGGUCCCGCCGGUUUAUCGGCGGCGAUACGGUUGAAACAACUUUGCCGCGAAAAUGAUACCGAUUUAUCUGUUUGUGUUCUUGAAAAAGGUUCUGAAGUUGGAGCGCACAUUCUUUCUGGAAACGUUUUUGAACCUCGCGCGUUGGAUGAACUUCUUCCUCAGUGGAAGCAACAAGAGGCUCCUAUUAGUACACCUGUUUCUUCUGAUAAGUUUUGGUUUCUGACAAAGAAUCGUGCGAUUUCACUCCCGAGUCCUUUUGACAACAAAGGGAACUAUGUAAUAAGUUUAAGUCAGUUAGUACGAUGGAUGGGAGCAAAAGCUGAAGAGUUAGGUGUGGAGAUAUACCCAGGAUUUGCUGCUAGUGAGAUAUUGUAUGAUUCUGACAACAAAGUUAUCGGUAUUGGAACUAAUGAUAUGGGAAUCUCAAAAGAUGGUUCAAAGAAGGAGACUUUCCAACGUGGCGUUGAAGUCAAAGGCCAAAUAACACUUCUGUCUGAGGGAUGUCGAGGAUCGUUAUCAGAGCAAAUAAUGAAAAAGUACAACCUUAGAGAGAAGGGAGGCGCAGAACAUCAGACAUAUGCUUUGGGAAUUAAAGAGGUUUGGGAAAUUGACGAGGAAAAGCAUCAACCUGGUGCAGUACUUCACACGUUAGGAUGGCCCUUGGAUCAUAAAACAUAUGGAGGAUCUUUUCUGUAUCACAUGAAAGAUAGACAAAUUUCUUUAGGUCUUGUGGUUGCUUUGAACUAUCAGAACCCUUUCAUGAAUCCUUAUGAGGAAUUCCAGAAAUUUAAGCAUCAUCCUGCAAUCAAACCAUUUCUAGAAGGCGGAACAGUUAUCCAGUAUGGAGCUCGCACUUUAAAUGAAGGUGGUUUUCAGUCUGUCCCAUAUCCAGUUUUUCCUGGUGGAGCAAUUGUUGGAUGUUCAGCUGGGUUCUUGAAUGUUCCUAAGAUAAAGGGAACUCACACAGCAAUGAAAUCAGGAAUGCUUGCAGCUGAAGCUGCAUUUGGCGUGUUUAAUGAAGGUCUAGAUAUGAAUACAUAUUGGGAUGCUUUGAGGAAUUCAUGGAUAUGGGAAGAACUAUAUAAAUCUCGGAACUACCGACCUGUUAGUGAAGCUAUUCAUUGCCUUCAAAUAUGGGCUUAUUCCAGGACUGGCCUUAAGUGGUCUGGAGCAGUAAGAUCUAACUUUUCUUAUGGAUUUAAUCUUCUACACUUCGACACUGAAAAUUACAUACUCAAGGGGAGGCACCCAAUUACUUUGAAGCAUGGUAAACCUGAUCAUGAAGCAACAAAUGCUGCAGAGUUGCAUUCUCCAAUUCACUAUCCAAAGCCUGAUGGCGUCUUCUCCUUUGACGUACCUACCUCUCUGCACAGAAGCAACACAAAUCAUGAGCAUGAUCAACCUCCACACCUUCGAUUAAGGGACCCAAAGAUUCCCGAACUUACAAAUUUACCGGUGUUUGCUGCUCCUGAGUCACGAUAUUGUCCUGCACGAGUAUACGAAUAUGCUGCAGAUGAGCAAAAUCAACUGAAGUUGCAGAUUAAUGCUCAAAAUUGUUUGCAUUGCAAGGCUUGUGACAUCAAAGAUCCAAAGCAAAACAUCAAGUGGACAGUGCCUGAAGGGGGUGGAGGCCCGGGAUACUCGGUUAUGUAGAUUCAAGAGUUAGUCCAUAUAUUGUUGACCCCACAAAUUUGCGACUUCCUUAAUGUUAGUGCAUUCCCCUGCAUUAAAUACUUGUAUUAUGGCCCCCUUUCCCUAAUCCAUACACAGUACACACAAACUUGAUCGUGCCAAAAGAGGAAUACUACGGUAAAUGUUAUUUGUGAAAUAAAAUAAGUUGCCAAGGUUCCUCAUCUUAA